AUGUCUUACGACGACCUUGCACCGGAUGCUGUCCCAGCUGUCCAAGACGAAAACUCAAUAGAACGACAAAUUAAGUGCUUGGAUACUGUCAUUGCUCUUUAUGAUUUCCCCGGUACCCAACCAUCCCAUUUGAGUCUAGAUAUCGGUGAUACUGUGUAUGUUCUCCUGAAAAAUGAAUCGGGUUGGUGGGAUGGAGUAAUUACCAAUAACGCAGGAAAGGUUUGUCGGGGCUGGUUCCCCGAAAACUAUGUGCGUUCUGUCAAUUACGUCCAACCCGUGUUGAACAAACUUCAGACGAACAAGGAAAUCGAUAGUAUAACUGCAGCAAACACGGCAGCGAAUGUUCUCAUCCCACUGUUUACGAGUCUCCUUCAGAAGAACUUUUUGGACUCGAAUAAGGAGGCAUCGAACUCGAAUUCGAGAAAGAACUCGGUGGUCAGUUUUGCUUCUUCAGAAGUGAGUAUACCCUCUGAAAAGAUGAGACGACAGGAAAGAGCAGAUAAAGAUGAGAGUACAAGCCACAAAAAAGAGUCAGAGGCCACAAUCCAUCCGCUAAAAAAAGAAAGCGAUGCAACUAUUCAUCCAUUCAAAAAAGAGUCAGAUGCUACAAUACAUCACUUUGCAGCUCACCAGGCUUCAUUGGCCUCAACAGUAUCUAUGCCUGAAAGCGGAACUUCGGUGUGUCACUCACAUGGCUCCAGUUCACAUUCUGCUGCCUAUUCCCCUCAUGAUUCAUCUGACAGGGUGAAAUUCACUUCAGUUGAGGAUGCUGAAAUCCUCGUUGCUGAUCUAAAACAAAGUACGGGUGAAAAUGUUAUGUGGCUUCCUAGAAUCACUGACCAAGGUGACAUCGCAUACUACUCUGAGGUCCUAGACAUUUAUUGUGAUAUGCUUCCUCUAGGUCCAAUGAUACCUUCGAUUGACUGUAAAGGUGGAAAAGUGACAAUGCCAACGCUAGGAGCCAUAGAAGAUAUCUCUGUUAUAUCCAGACUUGAUUACCCUUCAUUCUACGACAAUCAGCCCACUACUAGCAGUUUAAGAUCAAAUCUGUCCAUCGCCAAAGCUUUUGAGGGCUCCAAGCGUGAUUCCGAGUCAUCCAUAAUAUCUCAGACAAGCUCCUCCUCAUAUCAUCAUUUCGGACAGCCGUUUUUCAUCACACCAGGCUUGUUCUAUGAACAUUACUCGGAUAUCGGACACUGGACUGACCUCAAAAAAAGGUUCUUGUUUCUUCUAGAUCUCACGUGGAAAGCCCUCAGAGAUUCGAAUAAGCAAUUGUUUGGUGUACAUUUCGCUCAACUUACUAAGUUGAUACUGAUGGUCAUGAGUGCCGCUCGCCUCACACAAGGUGAGUUCAUGGACACUGCAUUGGAGAAGUCAAUCAGACAUAAAUUGAGACGAUUAUCAGAGGCAUUUGCCCAAAUGUAUAUCAACGGUUUACUUCACUUGAGAGUCAUGCUUCAUACACAGGGACCUAUCGAGAUGGAUUAUUUUAAUUUCAACAUUCACAGUUUGAACAGCAGUACGGCAACGACUCCCCAGCAGAGAGUAAACUCUCAUGGUUCGGAUGCGACAUAUACUGGCCCUAGAAGUAGUUCUGAAACUUCUUUUCCGAGACAGAAUCUGCUGACCGAAGACGAAUUAGCUGAUUCUUAUAUGCAUCAGAUCAAUGAGGAUGUGUCAGUCAUCAAGUCUAAGAUGACCAGUCUUAUUGACAUAUUUCAUGAGCUCUCGAAUGACAAAAAAGUCUAUAAAAGAGACUAUGAUCAAUCUGAUGCAUCAGAGGAUGAGGGAGAAGACAGAACCAAUGUUCUUCCCCAAGUUUAUCCACGGUUCAUUACAAAUGAGUUUAAUGGUGGCAACUGGUGUAAUCCGUUCUUCUCAGGUGCGCAUAAAGUUCUUAAUUUGAGUGGUGAUCAGUUGAAAAACAAAUACCAUUUGAAGGUGAUCAUAGAUAACUCGGCAUACGAGAAAGCGAAGACCCACAGUGAGGAAUUGACAAAGGUAUCCAAUGAUGUAUUAAAAUACUUCGAGCCAGAAAGACAAAAAAGGUACUACAAUGAGACUCUUUUAAACGAGCGAAACGAGCACAUUCUUCGUGUCAUGUACAGAUAUUUGCACCACGCGAGUGUAUUCAUCGAUUUGCUUGAGUCAUUAGACUUUACAGUUUUUUGCCUUAUCAAGAGAUACCCCUCAUUUGAUUCCGUUGGAGAGAUCAAGACGGAUUCGACUGGCUCAAGAAACGAGUCAAUUGAAAGCAACUUGACUUUUGACUAUCCAAUUGUUUUGGACUUCUUCCAAUUAAAGCACAAGUUCCAUUACUUACUUUCACGGAUAAUUACUCAAAGUCAGUCCUUAACCCUCGAGGACCCCGACUCGUUUACAGCUAUGAAAGAGGAGGAGUCUGUUCUCUACGGUCGCGACCAAAUUAAAGAUCACUUGGAAAAAUCAGCUCGAUUACUCGGGAAUAUUCUCAUGAAACAAAUUCAACAACAUGCUGAGGAUAGAUUCGCUUCGAGUCUGGAUCUAGUCGUUUCUGAAUUACUUCAUGAGUCUUCUGAGCUAUGUAAUUCUAUUUUGGCAACAAUUAAACUUUUGGUCGAUGAAAGGGAAACAGUUCUCAAUUAUGCUACUCGUGUGAUGCAUGACGACUUCAACGUUGAUCUUCUCCUAACAGAGAGUAAUAAUACAGCGGCAGACAAUAGAGGCGAUGACUCCGGGGGCCAGUACUUCAGUGGAAAACCUAGAAAUGAUAGCACCUCAUGGUAUUUGGAAGGAGAUGACGAAUACGAUUUAUUAUUGGAUGCAAGUGGAAAUAUCAGGGGAGGCACUAAGGAAGCGUUAGUUGCUCAUUUGACACAUCAUGAACUUUUUGAUGUUCAAUUCAAUUCUGUCUUCUUAACUUCAUUUGCUACGAUGUUACCGUUGGUUGAACUUAUUCACUUACUUAUUAACCGGUUCAUGAUUGAGGCACCCGAAGGUUUGAGUUACGAAGAAUUCCUCACCUGGAGGGAAAAAAAGCAGAGCAAAAUCCGGCAAAGAGUACUCAAUGUCAUGAAUUCUAUCAUUGAAACCCAUUGGUGUGAAUCAUAUAAGAGCCGUGUCGCUCUUCAUCGCUGGCUCGAAUUUCUCAAUCAACCCGAGGUUCAAACACAUGCUAUAACAGCUUCUCUCGUUGCACAAAUCAAAAAAAUUCUUAAUAAUGAGAUUAUAAAGACCGAGACAAUACCGCAGUUAACAGGUAAACCGCCUGCACCCCUUGUCAAGGGCUUCUCCCUUCGAAAAAUCAAACUCGUCGAUAUCGAAUACAUUGAACUCGCUCGACAAUUGACUCUUCGUGAGUUUGAGUUGUUUCGUGGAAUCACGAAACUUGCUUGCAUUCAUAAAGUUUGGGGUAAAAAAUCUGGUCUUGCCGAGUCAAUUGAGCACAUUUCCAACUUUAUCAAGGCCUCGAAUCAACUCACAAAUUUUGUUGCUUACAUGAUUGUUAGGAAGGAAGAUCAGAGGAAGCGUGUUCAAGUCAUUCGGUAUUUCGUCAAUGUUGCAGAAAAGUGCCACCAAUAUAAUAAUUAUUCCUCGAUGACAGCAAUUAUUUCUGCGCUUUAUUCUUCACCUAUCCAUAGAUUGAAGAAAACCUGGUCCUUGGUCUCAAAAGACACUCUCUUGAAGCUCGAGAAUAUGAACAAAUUGAUGAAUUCAAGUAGAAACUUCAACGAGUACCGAGACAUGUUGAAGUUCGUUACUUCUGAGCCGUGCUUACCGUUCUUUGGUGUUUACCUCUCAGACUUAACGUUUAUCUACCACGGUAAUCCAGAUCACUUAUUGAAACGCACUAGGAUGAUCAACUUUGCGAAGCGUGCAAAGACCGCUCACAUUGUAUUUGGAAUGGAACGUUUCAAACAGAUAGGAUUCAAUUUCGUGACUGUGCCAGAAAUCCAGCUGUAUCUCGAUACUUGGUUCGAAAGGAGCCCGACUAUUCAGGAACAAUACCAAAUUUCCUUGGCAAUGGAGCCUCGAGAGGAGCUGAGACACCAACACUCACACCAUUCCUAA